GAUCCUAAGUGGAUCAACGACUGGCUGGGGAGAGAGGGGGGGUUGAGAAGCCAGGGCAAUACAUUUGGGGGGAAAUUACGUAUGGGAAUCAAGAAAGAAGUGGCAAUAGCCGGCUUCCAGUGCGCUCUGGAUCUCGGACACUCUGAGGUUCUUGGUGGCCUUACGGCCAGGUCGGCCACUUGUAGGAGACAGUUCCAGGUCCGGAGCCGAAUGGGAAGAGUCUGAGGCCCUACAAUAGGCCCGCUUAGUGUUUAGAGUAUACGGAGGGCUAGUGGCUAAUUCCGAAAUAAGAGUGGGGAGCACCCAAGGCGGGCCGGGGUGCGCACCAUAAACACCCCACUUGUUAACUGCGCGGGGGCCCAAGGGCCCUUGAAACAGACCCCGCAGGAGGGCUCACGUCCGAGCGUGGGCGGGGCUAGCCCGGGAACCAGGCCCCCCACUAGCCACGUUGGGGCAGCCCCCACAGCUCCUGGCCUUUGGGCUGAGGUAUUGGGUGUGCGUCUCCUGGCCCAUCAAUACAGAUUACAUAUUUAUAUCAAUCGUGGGCUCAGAGGGCGCCCUCGGAGAGCGGCCCCGCGCCUACGAAACCAAACUGGGAGUGGUCGCGCGGAAACUCUGGCUCAGGAUUGGCUGCGGGCGCCCGCCGCGGUGCGGGGGGAUUGCUAAUCGUAUUCAGCAUGUUUUGCACAAGAAAUGUCAGCCAGAAAGGGCUAUCUGCUCCCUUCGCCAAAUUAUCCCACAACAAUGUCAUGCUCGGAGAGCCCCGCCGCGAACUCUUUUUUGGUCGACUCGCUCAUCAGCUCCGGCAGAGGCGAGGCUGGCGGCGGUGGCAGCGGCGCCGGGGGCGGCGGUGGCGGCGGCUACUACGCCCACGGCGGGGUCUACCUGCCACCGGCGGCCGACCUGCCCUACGGGCUGCAGAGCUGCGGGCUCUUCCCGGCUCUGGGAGGCAAGCGCAAUGAGGCGGCGUCGCCGGGCGGCGGCGGCGGCGGCGGGGGCCUAGGUCCUGGGGCGCACAGCUACCCGCCCGCGCCUAUAGACCUGUGGCUAGACGCGCCCCGGUCGUGCCGGAUGGAGCAGCCCGAGGGGCCGCCGCCGCCGCCACCGCCCCAGCAACAGCCACCGCCCCCGCCGCAACCACCCCAACCCCCGCCGCAGGCCACCUCGUGCUCUUUCGCGCAGAACAUCAAAGAGGAGAGCUCCUACUGCCUCUACGACUCGGCGGACAAAUGCCCCAAAGGCUCCACCGCCGCAGCCGAGCUGGCUCCCUUCCCGCGAGGCCCGCCGCCCGACGGCUGCGCCCUGAGCACCUCCAGCGGGGUGCCAGUGCCCGGCUACUUCCGCCUCUCCCAGGCCUAUGGCACGGCCAAGGGUUACGGCAGCAGCGGCGGCGCACAGCAGCUCGGCGCCGGCCCGUUCCCCGCUCAGCCCCCCGGGCGCGGCUUCGACCCGCCACCCGCACUCGCCUCCGGCUCAGCGGAUGCAGCCCGGAAAGAGCGAGCCCUCGAUUCACCGCCGCCCCCCACGCUGACUUGCGGUGGCGGCGGCGGCGGGGGCUCGCAGGGCGACGAGGAGGCGCACGCGUCGUCCUCGGCCGCGGAGGAGCUCUCCCCAGCCCCUUCCGAAAGCAGCAAAGCCUCGCCCGAGAAGGACUCCCUGGGCAAUUCCAAAGGCGAAAACGCAGCCAACUGGCUCACAGCAAAGAGCGGCAGGAAGAAGCGCUGCCCUUACACCAAGCACCAGACGCUGGAGCUGGAGAAGGAGUUUCUGUUCAACAUGUACCUUACUCGAGAGCGGCGCCUAGAGAUCAGCCGCAGCGUCCACCUCACGGACAGACAAGUUAAAAUCUGGUUUCAGAACCGCAGGAUGAAACUGAAGAAAAUGAACCGAGAAAACCGGAUCCGGGAGCUCACAGCCAAUUUUAAUUUUUCCUGAUGAAGCUCCAGGCAACGCCGUUUUUUUUUUCCCCGCUGCCAGAGAGCCGUUCUCCUCCCUCUGUCUUCGGCCUCUGCCCAGGAACUCGCACCUGUGCCGGAGCCCCAUUCCUCCCUCCCACACUCGCCAUCUCGCUGGCCGUUACAUCUGUGCAGGGCUGGUUUGUUCUGACUUUUUGUUCCUUUGUUUGCUUGGUGCUGGUUUACUUGUUUUCUGGGGGAAAAAGCCAUAUCGUGCUAAAUUUCUAGAGAGAGAACUAUUAUCCUGAAGUGUCGAGCGGCGACUGGGCUGGUUUGCUGUCUCGGGGUUCCUCUGCUGGAAAUGGCUCCGGUCCUCCCGGUGGAGCUGGUUUCCUGCGGGGGCGGGCAAACCUAGCCGGAAGGCCGAGGUCCCAUUGUAGGCGCUGAGGUGUCUGGCCUGAGGUCAAUGGUGCAAGGAGCCGCCACCGGGCUCGCCUGCCUGGAGUGCUGGGCUGUGUUUAAUCAGGGGACACAGGCCCCUGGGUUUCUUUUUUCUUUCUUUCUUUCUUCCUUGGCAAAGAGAAGGGCUUACAGGCAUGGACAUGCAGGCUGGCAAAAGGGCUUGACUUUGGCUGAUUAAAAAAUUGAGAGUAAGAAAGAUUAAUCUUUCCUUCCUCUGUAAGAUAUCCCAGCUUUAAAAGGAAAAAAAGAAAAAGAAAAAGAAAAAAAAAAAAGAGCAACCAGGAGAAGGAAACUUCUCUUCCAGUUUGUGUUAGUCUUGCAUUGUGGGACUAAAUUAUUUCACUUACCUCUGAAUUUCCAUAUCCUUCUGCCUGUAGAUAAAUAACCUAAGGUAGUUUUGUUUAUGCGUGUGGAUUUAGUGGGGUUUUUUUGUCAUUAAUUGUUACCACUGGUAACACACGACAAGCACACCGCAAUUCUCCCUGUCUUGUGGAGAGUUUUCUUUCUCAUUUUCUUUUUUCUUCUUCCUCUUUCUUUUUCCUUUCUAAAAUUCAUAGAACCCAAGGAGGGCUGGGGCAAGCGGAAUAGACUAGAGAAGGGAGACUUUGUUUGGGUUUCCUUUAUACUGUGAAGUUACAUGCAUAAAAGGGUCAAACCUGUAGGUGCAGAAAAAGAAAAAUUAUAAAUACAAAUCUGUAUAAAUGUCUAUUAUUAUGAAAAAUUGCCAAUCUUGUUUUAUGCAAAUGCAUUCUAUCGUUAUUAUAAAUGUUAGUUCUAGCUCUAUUUACUUCUAAUCUUAAAUCAGAAUAAAUUAAUAUUGUAAUGCUGCUGUGCGUGGAAAAAAGACGAUGUUUAUGUUCUUAUAGAAGAAUAAAAGCUGUGGAAUGAA